UCUAACCUCAGAAUAGGACAAGUUGUUUGUAGUGUGCUUGUAGCAUGAAUGUAAAGAUUGGUCAAAUGGAUUAGAAUAGGACGCAUUUUGAAGGUGCAUGUGUGAAUAUUUUCUUAGAGUAGCUUUUUGUACAAAGGACACAUAAGAAUGGCAGCGAUAUUACGUGUGAAACGUAGUUAUUAUGAUGAACCAUCAAAUGCUUUGAUAAUUUCGUGUAAACGACAAAAAAUUGCGGAAGAUGAAGAUACCGAAGAUGUACUAUCAGUUCCUAUAACCACACUUGCUAAAUUUGCCGGAACUGUAAAAGAACAGGAUGAGAAUGUGGAACAUCUAAUUCAAAGUUAUGGGAAAGAUGAAUUACAAGCUAAUUUCAAACAACAUCAUAUAGAUUCAAAACAGAUUCUAAGUAAACUAAGAGAAGCAACAAAACAGGCUUCAGCAAAAAAUCGUUACAAAGUAGUUAAUUGUUUCCGAUCAUUGGAUAAUUCUAAUAGUGAAAAUUCCGAAAAAAAUGUUCCUACAGUAGUAAUAGAUGUGGAGGACUCAAAAUCCAUAGCAAAAAGGGAUUCUAUAGAAAAAGAUGAUAAUUAUGUAUAUGAUUUAUAUUAUGUUCAAUCUGAGAACGAUAUGUUCCUAGAUGAUGAAGUAUCUGUACAUGCAUUCGAACAAGAACUCGUUCAUGAUAGUUAUAGAGAUUAUUGCGAAGCUGAAUAUGACUCAGAGGAUUCUAAUUCAGAGUCAAAUUGGAGAAAUGAUUAUCCUGACUCUAGUUAUUCUGAAGGAUCAAUUAAUGAAGAUGACAUCAGAGACGCUGUUAUGAACAUGAGAUUAGAGGAGGAAUCUGAUUUAUCUGAAGAAGAUGAUUUUGUUUAUGCUAUUGACGAGGCUGUUGUAGAAAAUUUUGGUUACAAGUAUGCAAAAUAUAAAGCAAGGAUGAUAAAAGAGUUAGAGGAAGACGACAAUGACGAUGACGAUGACGAUGAUGAUGAUUAUGAUAACUUUAGUAUAUGUGUGUCAGAAGAUGCGGAUGAGUAUAAUAAUAAUGAAGUAGAUUCCGAAUAGUUAUUUAAUUACAUAUAGAUCUUUUUAUACUGAAAGAAAAUAAUAAUUGGUGAUCAGUGGUGUUAACAUAAUACAUUUCCUAAGAUGUAAAAUAAAUUUAGUUAGUAAAAUCGA